AACAGAAGCUAGUAUCUGGGUGGCCGACGAACUCUAAAUUGCGGUGCGUCUGCGAGUGAUUUAUUCUUUACACUUGUUUGUAGAAAGAUCACACCAAAAGAACAAAGAUGCCACCCAAGCCAGCAGUAAAAGCCAAGACGACGGCUCCUGGACAAGGUGCUGCUCCUAAAGGCCGAGUUGCUCCGAAAGGCCAUGCAAGACCUGCAGCAGCCAAGGAUGGAGAUGAUGCCACUGAGAUGGGAGAUGGAACAGAUGCAGAUGAAUGGAUGCAGGCCAAGACACUGGUGAAGCCAGAUGAUCAGCUGGACUUGACCGAAGCUGAACUGAAAGAAGAGUUUACAAGAAUUCUGACUGCCAACAAUCCUCAUGCACCUCAGAACAUUGUCAGAUAUAGCUUCAAGGAGCGACAAUUCAAACAAACUUCAAGUGUUGAUCAGUUGGCAAUUCACUUUGCGUUGGAUGGAAAUUUAUUGCACAAAGAUUCUGAUGAAGCUAGACGUCAGAUGUCAAAGGCCAGUCCCGCUGAAGCUGCAAGUGAACCUGCAGUCAGUGAGAUGGGUGAGGAUAAGAGUGGAGCUGCCACAGCUGAGGGAGGGGCACCUGCUGCUGAAGGAGAGGCCGCCGAGAAAGAAGCCGAGGGUAAGGAAGAAGCAAGGGAUGAUUCUGCAACCCCUGCCCCUGCUGCUGGAAGUGGUGGGGACGGCAAACUGACCAAUCAGUUCAACUUCAGUGAGAGGGCUUCUCAGACCUACAACAACCCAUACAGGGAGAGAGGAACGGCCACGGAACCUCCGCCCAGGGCUACUUUCUCUGGCAACGUUACCCAGUGGGAGAUUUUUGAUGCUUACCAAGAUGAUUUUGACAAACAGGAAAAGAACAAGGAAAAGAAGGUGGUGCCUGGAAGAAAAGAGGAAGAAAAGACAAGGAAAAAGCUGGCAAUCUCAGAAACACAGGGAGAUGAUAUCAAUCGUAUCUCCACAUCAGCCAGAAUUGUGGAGAGAAUGGUCAACCAGAACACCUAUGAUGAUAUUGCUCAAGAUUUCAAAUACUGGGAGGACACAUCAGAUGAAUACCGUGAUGCGGAGGGUACCCUCUUGCCCCUCUGGAAAUUCUCUCAUGAGAAGGCAAAGAAACUGGCUGUGACCUCUCUUUGCUGGAACCCCAAAUAUAAUGACCUGUUUGCUGUGGCCUUUGGCUCAUAUGACUUUGUGAAACAGGGCAUUGGUAUGAUCCUUUACUUCUCCGAGAAGAACCCCUCUUACCCAGAAUUUAUCUACAACGUUGACAGUGGGGUCAUGUGCUUAGACAUCCACCCUGAACAUCCUUACUUACUGGCAGUGGGAUAUUAUGACGGCAGUGUCGGGGUCUACAAUGUGGUGGAGAACCAAGACGGCCCAAUUCAUCGCUGCACCGCGAAAAAUGGCAAACACACUGAUCCAGUCUGGCAGGUCCGCUGGCAGAAAGAUGAUUUGGACAACAACUUGAACUUCUUCUCUGUGUCAUCAGAUGGCCGCGUUGUGAACUGGAUUAUUGUCAAGAAUGAGUUGACCUAUCAGGACAUUAUUAAGCUGACAAUUCCUGAAACUGCAGCUGAGGGGCCAGAUGGAACAAAAUUGACAUCAGUUGGUUGCGGUACAGCAUUUGACUUCCACAAGAAGACAGACUAUCUGUUCCUGGUGGGGACUGAGGAGGGGAAAGUACAUACCUGCUCCAAGGCUUACACCAGUCAGUUCCUGGACACCAUUGAUGCCCACCACAUGGCCAUCUACAGGGUGGCCUGGAACCACUACCACAACAAUGUCUUCAUCACCUCAAGCGCUGACUGGACUGUCAAGAUCUGGGAACAGAACACCAGCUACCCAUUGUUCACAUUUGACCUGAACAGCUCAGUGGGUGAUGUAGCCUGGGCCCCAUAUUCCUCUACGGUGUUUGCUGCCGUCACUGCUGAUGGAAAGGUUCAUGUGUAUGACUUAAGCGUGAACAAGUAUGAGCCAGUGUGUGAACAAGUUGUGGCUCAGAAAAAGAAGACCAAGCUCACCCAUAUAGCCUUUAACCCCGUGCAUCCCAUUAUCAUCGUUGGGGAUGACAGAGGCAAUGUUACAAGUCUGAAGCUGUCUCCCAACCUCCGUAAAAUGCCAAAGGAGAAGAAGGGUGUUGUCCUUGACCAGGCUCAGAAAGAGGCAGAACAAGUCGCCAAGCUGGAGAAACUGUUAUCAAUGGUGCGUGAACCCAUCGAUUCCAAGAAGAGUUAACUGCACCUCUGAUCGCUGGAUAUCAUCACGGGAGGAAACUGUCACACUUGUCUGACCUACACGAGGAGAGUGGUGUUGGGACUUCCGUAGAAAGCAGAGUCCAAAGACAGUACCCCAUCUCAUACUGUACAUACAAUGUUGAUACCAAAUGUGUAAUAUUGAAGCACUCUUCAUGCUUUAUCCGUCCAUUCCAUUUGGCACAAGAGGUUUUCCCUUAGAUUCACAUUUCUUAAAAACAUUCCUGGCAAAUUCAGAGAAUACCCAGAUAAUACACACACAUACACCUAAUAAAAUAUUAAAUAUGUAUGUAUGUGUAUAUGGUCUGGUAAUUUUGAACCAGAAUGACAUAAUUCACAAAGUCGACAUUUGUACACAGUACUCAGAUGCAUGCCCUGAUACAAGUGUAUUACUUUAAGAUUUGUUCUAUUCAGCCCCAGUUUAAAGGACAUCUCCACUGUACUCUUUUGUCUGUCUGUCAUUAUAAAGCAAGUUAAAUAUUUUAUGUUCAGUCCAGUGAAAUGACCAUUGUACAUGUACAAGAAUUUCUUUCAACUUAUCGAAAUGUUGGUGAGUUUUAAGUGUGAUGUUUAUGCGUAAUUUGGCUGGGUUGUAUAUUCUUCGGUUUGUGCAUGUUACAUUCCUCUCCAGCAUUCGCUAUGUUUUAUUCGUUGAUAAAUGUUAAGGUCUUUGCUGUUGUUGAAUACUUGUGUAUAUUUAUUAUAUAUGCAUCUAUACAUAGAUAUAUAAUUUCAAAUAAAUUGUAUAUAAUAUCCA